AUGAUCAAGGCUUUUACGUUGGCGACAUGGCCCCCGAAGAUAUCUAUCUUGUACGGGGGCAAUGCCUUAUACGGGGCCGGCAAUAUUUUUGAUGAGCGACGGGUACGAGCCGGAAUCUUGAAAAAGAUGCGUCGUAUCCCCAAGAGUGGAUUGGUGCUGGUAAGAGAUGAAGAUCUCAGCCACCUCCCACCCGAAAUCUUUCAAGGAUACGAUGCUAAGAAACUGGACAUGUGGGUCUUGGCAGUAUUGCUAUUUGAACUCCUAACGGGAGAAAAGCUCUACCGAAUCCCAAGUCCAUACGAUCUAUCCUUUCAGUACUUUAUCUGGGCAGGAGGUUUGACCAACAUCACUCCAAAUGAUGCCCAGCAUUUGCUUCAGCAGCCAAUGUUGCGAGAAGUGGCCUUUCUCGAAGAGAACUACGUUCGUAAAAUGAGUCCCGAGCUCAAGGAACUCUUUGAGAAUACACUUUGCGUUGAAGCUUCGGAGCGUUGGGGAGUGGAUCAAGUGUUGGACUCGGAAUGGCUCAAUACACACAGCCAGAAUGAUUGA